AUGGCGAGCUUCCUCCCGCGCGCCACCUUCCCCUCCCAGCUCUCCCUCCCGCGCUCCUACUUUCUCGGCCACCAUGCCGCCGGCCUUUCGAAGAUGAAAACGAUGCUCAGCUCCAUCGACCUCAUCAUCGAAUGUCGCGACUACCGCGUGCCGCUCACAUCGCGGAACCCGCUGUUUGAGCAGAGCCUUGCGGGAAGGGAGAGAUUGAUUAUCUAUACGAAGAGGGAUUUAGGGAGUAAGGACCUGGCUUCUGAUCAGAGGAGGGAAGAAAUCAUCCGCGCCUGGCACGCUCCACAUCCUACACUCUUCACGGACCACAAAUCGAAGAAGGACAUCAAGACUGUCCUCAAUUUUGCGAAAGACCACGCUGCUUCCCGAUAUUCCCUCCUCGGAUCAAGGAUCUUGGUUGUGGGUAUGCCGAAUGUGGGAAAAUCGUCGUUGUUAAACGCGUUGAGGAUGGCGGGGGUACAUAAGGCGAAGGCAGCGUAUACUGGGGCUCAACCUGGCGUGACGAGGAAGAUUGCCAGCGGAGUGAAGAUUGUGGAUAAGGAUGAAGAGAAAGGGACUGAAGGGGUGUAUUUGGUUGAUACGCCGGGUGUAUUUGUGCCAUUUGUACCGGAUGCGGAGGCAAUGAUGAAGCUGGCGUUGGUGGGGAGUGUGAAAGAUACGAUUAUUGCCCCGGUCACGCUGUGUGAUUAUCUGCUGUUUCAUAUUAAUAAGCAGCAGGGUGGAGAGGCGUUGUAUAAGGAGUUCUGUGGGCCGACGAAUGACGUUGUGGAGUUUUUGGAAGCGGUUUCGAGGAAGACUGGACGCUUGGGAAAAGGCGGGAUUCCGGACUUGGAUGCAUCGGCGCUGUGGGUUAUUCAGAAGUGGCGACAGGGACAUUUGGGCACGUUCGUGCUGGACGAGGUUGAGAAAGAUGGCUUAGAGAAGAGGAUGCGGGAGGAAGUUGGAUUAAGUCUCAGUCAGGCGAGGAAGCAGGCAAAGAAUGCACAGAGAGCACGGGGAAAAGCACGACAAGCCGAAGCGGCGUGA